CAAAAAACUCCCCGGGGCCCGGCUCUCCUGGCCCAGCUCUCGUUUGGUUGGGUUGAGCCAUGAGCGCGAGCUCGCCGAGCUACAGCAUGGGGGUACCCAGCUCGCCCACCUCACCGCUGGUGCAGAACCCGGGCCUUGCGGACGAGCUACGCCCAUGGCUGGCUUUGUUGGGCCUGGAAGACCGAUUGCGGGAGGUGACGAUUUGGUGCCACGAGCAGGGCGCCGCCUGGCUGGAGGAGCUGGUGCUGGAGGCGGAGGCGCUGGCGGAGUACUUGGAGCUUUCGGAGCUGCAGGCGGAGAAUUUGCGGAGCCGCGGCCAGGCCGCCAUGUGCGCGGUGAAGAUGUCGCGCGGAACUUCGUGCACCGUGCCAACUGAGCCUGCGAUGGAAGGCAUUGACUCGCUGGUUUCCCUGCGCACUAUGUCGACGGGAGGCGCCAAAGGUGCGCUCGAGCCCAAGACGACCUGUGAGCCGGAUGCGGCCAUCAGCAAGCGGUCCAUCACCAGCAUUUGCCCAGCUCUCACCAUCGAGGCCGCGUGCAAUUUCGACCUCGGCCGCAGCCAGACAGCCUUCCCGCAUUGCCAGAAGGAUCAGCUCUUUGGAGAUGGCAUUGCCCGAACGGCCACGGUCCAGGUGGAAGGUAUGUUGUGCGGCGUCUUCUCCAACUUGCAGGUCAAGGACAGCGCCCUUUUCGUCCGAGAAGUUCAGCGCAAAGAUGCGCAUACUUCGAAUGCGAAGGCUACGGAAGAGGAGGAGAAGAACGACCCAGGCACGCAAACGUGGCCGCAGGGGAGCCCGAAGCGACUGUUUCACACCGACACGCUUGGCAACGUCAAUGGCUUUAGCAAGCGCGACAAGCUGGUGGAAGAGAUCCUGGAGGGUGGCGUGCACACAUCGCCCUUGGACCAUGGGCAGACCGGCACGGUCUAUGCUCUGGAGGCGGGGGAUCACAAAAUCGCCAUCUUCAAGCCUGUAGAUGGGGAAAAGUUCGAACGCAGGAGCUUGGACAAGGGCAAAGGUGUGGUCCGAGAAGAGUCAGUGUACCUCGUCGACCGCCUUUGCGGCUCGCAGGCAGGAGUACCUGUCUCUUCAAGGGCCAAAAUCGAGGUGGAUGGCCAUACCCUGGAAGGCUCUGUCCAAGCCUUCAUGAUGGACGUGCAGGGCUUCAUAGAGGACUACGCCAUGCCCAGGGACUUGGACAGGGCCAAGGAGUUUGUGCAGCAGGAAGAUGCGGAGUCGCUGGCGCUGCUGGAUAUGCGGGUCUUCAACAUGGACAGACACCCUGGCAACCUGCUGCUGCUGAAGGAGGAGAAGCCGCACGUACUGGGGCCAAUCGAUCACGGCUGCUGCUUACCGCCUUGGUGGUGCUUGAGCGAGGCCAUUUUUGAGGCUUGGAUCUCUUGGCCGCAGCUGAAGGCUGCCCCCUCCGCCUUCGCAAAGACGCUGGCGCUCACCUCCAUGGAGAAAUUGCCGCAGACUUGCCAAAUGGUCGAGGAUGCUGGGCUGGAAGCCAGCGCAGUGGUGACCCUGAGGAUGUGCACCAUCUUGGUGUACAUCGGUGUGGCCGAGUUGGGCUGCAGCAUUGCCAAGGUGGCAAACUUGAUGAUGAGGGACGAGGACAAGGAGCCGCAGGAGCUGUCCUGGCUGGAGGAGCGGGUGCUUCCCGCGGCCAACGCCUGCGGCGUCGUGUGUAAACUGCAGGAAGCUGCGGGCAACCCAGAGCUUCGCGUGGAGGAUGCUUCCACGCUGGAGGUGGAGCGAUUCUUGGAGACCCUGGAGUCAGUGUUUCGCAAGGAUUUGCCGCUCUUCGUCUGAGCUCGCCCAUGGUCUGACCCAGAGUUGCGAAACGUCCCACACCACUUGCGUCUUUCAAGAGAUUGCCCUUGCCACACUCGAUAUCGGAGAGCUCGUGGGUUUCUCUUGCAAGCCCCUUUGAAAGAGGGGGCUGACAUGAUCGGACUCAUUGACCCUAUGCAGAAGCACUGCAAGCCCAACUGUGCUGUAUGUUGGCCUUGCUUGGCCCUUACUGUGGACGAAAUCCAUUUCGCACCACCUAAGAAACCCUGAUUCGCC